AUGACCCUCAGGCGUAACACCGGGUUUGACGUUUACAAUAUCAAGUCCCGGACACUGGUUCGCUCCCUUCAGGUGCCCUCGCAUCGUGAGCGUAAUGUCCCUUUGGUCUCGUGUUUUCUCAGGGAUAGGAAUGUCGUUAUAACGGCAUCUCAUGACGGGGAGGCGAGGGUCUGGCAUGUAGGCAGUGGUAUGCUCAUGCAAAAGCUGCCAACAGCGUCGUCAUCCUCCAUCCGAUUUAUAUGCGCUGGUAACUUUCGUUCUCGAGGCUUCAUCGCUAUUGCGCCGUCCUCCAAAGAUUCCGGUGUCUCUGUCUGGAAGGAGCUCUCUGCUCCACGGGGCGCCCUAAGCGACAUUGCAUCUACGGAAGUUAUCGUCGGCCUCUGUGUUGUACUUCUGUUGGCUAUCGUUUGCAUUCUCGUUUGGCACCCAGCACUUAUUCCAGAGGACUGGAAGUCGCUCGCCGAAGUAUUGUUCAGGUGGAAGAAAACAGCAUACUCCAUGGGGCUCGAGUCGGUUCGCCGCGGACGGAAACUUGGAGCGUGGAUUGCACAGGUUUUGGGCAUCGCCAAGCGUAAUAAAAGGCGAUUUAUCCGUCUACCAGAGCUUUGA